UGGUAGUCUCCCAUAUAAUAACAUGUGACCUGACCUUUGUCAUGUAAUUUGUAAACACUUGAAUAGGUCUACUUUCAUUUUAACCUGUUAUCAAAUAUAUGAGGUUUCAAAGGUUGUCAGCCGUUUGUACAAACCAGUUUCUAUAAGAGACAUUAUUCAACUGCUCAACCAACCACUUGGUUUGAUUGAUAAUGUAAAAUGUCUGCCACUGCUGUGGAUGUGGUGGUUGUGGGUGCAGGGAUAUCUGGCCUCUCGUGUGCGCGCUACCUCCUGCGCAAGGACACCUCGCUGAAAGUGAUGGUUGUGGAGGCUAAAGAUAGAGUCGGUGGGCGUACCCUGUCGGUGCCCAUGAAGACUGCAACUGGAACCAACACAUGGGAUCUGGGCGCACACUGGGUCGGGAGAUGUCAGCCCCACAUCAUGAGACUGAUUGAGGAACUGGAGCUUCAAGUGCAUCCUCAGUACUUGAAGGGGAGGAAAUUCCUACAAGUUGGGAAAGACAACUCAAUCAAGAGUUACUCCUCCGACAUCCCAACACUGUCCUUGUUAGGACUGUUGGAUUUAGAUAGGGCCAUGAAAAAGAUUGACACAUUGGCAAGGGAGAUCUCUCAGAGUGACCCAUAUGGACACAAGAGAGCUGCUGAGUUUGACGGGAUGACAUUGGAGACCUACAUCAACAAUACCAUGUGGAUUGGAGAGUCCAAGGAGACCCUGAGCAUAGCUAUCCGUGCUGUGCUAGGUGUCGAGUUGGCUGAUGUCUCCCUCCUGUACUUCCUCACUUACGUGUCGGCAGCUGGGGGUCUGAAACAGCUCGUGGAGGCCACACCCUUUACAGCACAGGAAUACACCGUACAGGGUGGUACCCAGCAGAUUUCACUCAGCAUAGCAGAAGAGCUGGGAGACAGCAGGUUGAGGCUGUCAGAGCCGGUAACCAGCAUAACACAGGAAGAGCACUUGGUUACCGUGACAACCAACAAUGGCUCUGUGUUCAAGUGCAAGAAAGUGGUGCUAGCCAUACCUCCUAACCAGUUUGCAAGAAUCCAGUUUGUUCCUGCAAUCCCAACUGUCAUGAAGGAGCUUCACAAGAGAAUGCCCAUGUCAAACUAUGUGAAAUUCCUCAUCACCUACAAACAGGCAUUCUGGCGCGAUCAAGGUUACUCUGGUGAGAUAGUGACCAAUGGGGGACCAUGCCAUAUGAAGGUGGCCUGCAGUUGUGGGCCACUAAGCUUCAGCUAUGACGACACAUCGGCCAGUGGUGAUCCUGCAUUGGUUGCCUUCAUGGCCGGGUCACAGGCUAUAGACUGGCGACAGCAAACUCCAGAAAAUCGCAGAAAAGCAGUACUAGAAGGUCUGGCCCAGUUUUUUGGUGCACAGGUCCACGAGUAUGUAGAUUUCCAAGAGAAGGACUGGGACAGUGAGCCAUUCUGUGAGGGAGGCCCUGUGUGCUGCGCGACCCCAGGUGCCAUGAGAUUCUAUGUGCAGGGACUGAGGAAACCAGUCGGAAACAUCCACCUGGCUGGCACAGAGACUGCCACUGUUUGGACUGGUUACAUGUCUGGAGCUGUACAGGCUGGAUACCGAGCUGCCAUGGAGGUACUAGAGUGCCUGAGACCGGGAACCGUCUCACAACAGGAAGUUGAGCAGAAUGAGCAAACCUACAAGCCAGUCUGCUGAACAUUCAGCCUUCUAGCAAUAUUUUACCUAAUAGAUUAGUAUGAAAUGCAUAACUUUUAUGAGCAGACAUAAACACUUGUUUACCCUCUUAUAAAACUGCCUGUCACACAAUUUGCUAAACCAAUAGAUUAUAUAAUAUUUACAUAGAAAUUUGUGUUUAUCAACAUGCAGAAUCCUUGUACAAUCUUCAGUAUCAAACAGUGAGUGCCAUACAAUGCAUCAUUUUCGUAUUUUUAAUGCAGAAAAUAAACAGCUUUGUUAUACAUAUCAGCUGUAUCAUGCAAAAAUGAGUCUCAUGCCUGCAAAUCUGGUCAGGAGCUACCCUGUCUACUAUAAAGUCACAAACAAAAUUUCAGGUGUCAUUAGAAUUCCUCCUAAUAAGACUGCAGUAAUGCUAUACAAUGCUGCAUAAGGCAUAAAACCCAUUUUUGGAUGACAGAUUAUGGUCGUAGAUCAGUAACUUCUGCACUUAAAGCAGACACCGUCUGGUUUCAAUUAAGUUAAAAUGUAAUUAAGUAUAAUUUAAGUACAUGAAAUGCCUUGUCUAAAUUUGUAAAGAAGUAACCCAAUGUCAACAUGCCAUACAGACGUUGCUUUACUUCCCAUCAUACUCUUAACAGCAUCAAGUUAGAUGCAUACAUGAUGCCUGAACAUUAAAGUUAUAAAACAAAACACCUCUAAUAUUAAACUGUUACUUUAACAAAGAAUUUCCAACACUAUUAUCUAUAGACAGAUAAUCUUUUUACAUGUAUUGAGCAGUCUCUUGAUAGUUUCAUGUAAAUGUUUACUUGAUGAUAAUGUUAAUAAAGCAUGGCAUGGUAACUUAAAUUUACAUAUUCAGUCAAAAGUGUAUUUGUGAAAAAGAAUCGUACAUUACGAAGUUAAAAAACACACCAAUUGUUUUGUGUAAGUUACUUCCUUGUUGGAAUACUCAUACUUUCCUGUGAAAGCUUAAAUGGUCUAAAUGUCUAUUCAUCUAGUUCUAUGACCGAUGGGGGGCUGGGCAUUUGUCCUAAUUAUGGCUAUAUAUGGCUAUGUAAAACCUUCUUAACACUCUAGAGGCCACAUUUAUUGUCCAAUCUUCAUGAAACUUGGUCUGAAGAUUUGUCCCAACAAUAUCUGGAUGACUUAGAAAAUGGUUCAGGUUGGUUGAAAAACAUGGCCGCCAGGGGGCAGGGCAUUUUUCCUUACAUGGCUUUAGUGAAAACUUGACACUUGGUCAGAACAUUUGUUUAAUGAUAUCUUGUACAAGUUUGAAAAUGGUUCCAGUCUGUUAAAACAAGAGGACCUGAAAUGCCCAAAGUCGCUCACCUGAGAUUCAAAGGAACUGACCUGUUCUGUGCAGCCCCAGAUGUCAUUAGAAACAAUAUGUUCUUACCAACUUUCAUGACUAGUGAACACCCUGGCAGCCUCGUUUUUCAACAGACCAGAACCAUUUUCAUACACAUCCAAGAUAUCAUUUAAACAAAUAUACUGACAAAGGUUCAUGAAGAUUCAUAAGUCCAUAUAAGGAAAAAUGCCACGCCCACUGGCAGCCAUGUUUUUCCACCAACCUGAACCAUUUUCGAACUCAUCCAAGAUAUCAUUAGGACAAAUCUUCUGACCAAGUUUCAUGAAGAUCGGAAAAUAAAUGUGGCCUCUAUAGUGUUAACAAGGUUUUACUAUAGCCAUAUAAGGAAAAAUGCCCCGCCCACUGGCGGCCAUGUUUUUCAACCAACUGACAUCAUUUUUGUUCUUUUCCAAGAUAUUAUUGGGAUGAAUCUUCUGACCAAGUUUCAUGAAGAUUGGAAAAUAAAUGUGGCCUCUAGAGUGAUAACAAGAUUUUACUAUAGCCAUAUAAGGAAAAAUGCCCCGCCCCUUGGCAGCCAUGUUUUUCAAGCAAACGUAACCAUUUUCGCACUCAUCCAAAAUAUCAUUGAGACCAAUUUUCUGACCAAAUUUCAUGAAGAUUGGACAAUAAAUGUGGCCUCUAGAGUGUUCACAAGGUUUUACUAUAGCCAUAUAAGGAAAAAUGCCCCGACCCUUGGCAGCCAUGUUUUUCAUGCAAACGUAACCAUUUUCGUACUCAUCCAAGAUAUCAUACAGACCAAUCUUCUGACCAAAUUUCAUGAAGAUUGGACAAUAAAUGUGGCCUCUAGAGUGUAAACAAGGUUUUACUUCAGCCAUAUAAGGAAAACUGCCCCGCCCCCUGGCAGCCAUGUUUUUUCACCGAUCUGGACCAUUUUGGAACUCGUCCGAGAUAUCAAUGAAACCAAUGUUUUGACCAAGUUUCAUGAUGAUUGCGCAAAAAUUGUGAUUUUGUUGACAUAUUUCUCUAUAGCCAUAUAAGGAAUACUGCCCCGCCCCCUGGUGGCCAUGUUUUUCAACGCACCGGAACCAUUUUUUAACUCAACCAACAUAUCAUUUAGACAAACAAUUUACCAAGUUUCAUGAAGAUUGGGCAUCAAAUGUGACUUCUACAGUGUUCACAAGGUUUUUCUUUUUUUUGACCUAGUGACCUAGUUUUUGACCCAGCAUGACCCAGUUUCAUACUCAAUUGAGGUAUCAAUGGGACAAAUGUUCUGACCAAAUUUCAUGAAGAUCAGGCAAUAAAUGUGGCCUCUAGAGUGUUCACAAGGCAAAAUGUUUACGACGACGACGGACAAAAGGCGAUCACAAAAGCUCACCAUGAGCGAGCUAAAAAACAUGGCCACCAGGUGGCAGGGAAGUUAUCCUUAUAUGGAUAUAGUAAAACCUUGUUAGCACUCUAAAAGUUGCAUUAAUAGUUCACUCUUUAGAAACUAGGUCAGAACAUUUGUUCUAAUGAUAUUUUGGGCUGAACAGUUCCUUUGUAUUUCAGGUGAGUGACAUUGGGCCUUUCAGACUUGUUACUCAUUAAUCUUACUCCAUUUGAAACAAAUUGAACAUUGAGCUCAGUAUUGGGUUAAUUGUCCUAAGCAUUAAAAUAAAACAGAAUAAGUUGCGUUCAUGAUAAAAUUUAUUUUAAUAAUGUCAUACUUCAGUGUAUGUCCAUAAUAAAAACAUCUAAGAAGACCUCAGACGAUAUAAUAACAAGAGGUCCGAGACAGAUACACCCCCUUCCCAAACAGGGCCUUGACACCCAUCACUCAAUGCUUUGAUGACAUAUCAAACAGAAACCAAUUUAACACUCAAUGUCAAAGUGACCUUGACCUUUGAACUAGUGACCCAAUUUCAAUAGGGGUCAUCUAAUGACUCUGUUCAAGGGCAAUGCACCGUGAAGUAUCAAGCCGAUCAGUCAAUUCACUGUCGAGUUAUUGAUCAGAAACAAUUUUCACAUUCAUUGUGACCUUGAACUUUGACCUAGCGACCCCCAUUUCAAUAGGGAUCAUCUACUGUCCAAGGUCAAUGCAAAUGGGAAGUAUCAAGCCAAUUGGUUGAAGAGUUAUUGAUCAGAAACGAUUUUCACGCUUAUUGUGACAGUUACCUUGACCUCGUGACCCCAAUUUCAAUAGGGGUCAUAUACUGUCUAAGGCCAAUGCACAUGUUAAGUAUCAAGCCAAUUGGUCAAUUUGUUGACGAGUAAUGAUUAAGAAACGCUUUGCAACUUAUUGUGAAUUUUGACCUAGUGACCUCAAUAUCAAUAGGGUCUUUUUCUGUCCAAAGCCAAUGCACAUGUUAAGUAUAAAGCCUAUCGGUCAAUAUGAUAACAAGUUAUUAAUCGGAAACAAACUGGUCUACCGACAGACAGACCAACCGACUGACAUCCAGCACAAUAAUAUACCCCCUCUUCUUUGAAAGAGGGCAUACAUAUACUGUUAUAUUCAUAACCUGUGACCAGUGACAUACAAUUUAAUUCUAAUUACAUUGUUGCAACAACAGUAAAACAAUGUGAAGAAUCAUUAA